AUGUCGCAAACAUAUCGAGAUCUCCGUAAGGAGGAUCGGGUCUCGUUUGACUACAUCUAUGAGGAGAACGUCUCGGUGCCCUUGAAAGAAGGGAAAGGCCUGGUAAGAUGCAACGUCUACCGUCCCAAAGACGAGUCUACAAGAUAUCCUGCUUUGGUAACGUAUGGUCCUUAUGGCAAAGACGUCCACUACAGUGUGUUUCAUCCUGCUUCAUUCUCUGAAGUGCCUGAAGAACAUCACUCGGCGCAUUCUUCAUGGGAGACUCCGGACCCAGGGUUCUGGACUAGGAACGGCUAUGCUGUAGUUAGGGCAGAUGAGCGCGGUACUGGUCAAUCCCCCGGCAUGCUCGAUACGAUGUCUCGUGGUACAAGCGAGGCAUUCUUCGACGUUGUCGAGUGGGCGGGGUCUCAGCCCUGGUCAUCCGGCAAGGUUGGCUUGCUCGGCGUGAGUUACUAUGCGGGGAGUCAGUGGAGAGUAGCAGCCCGCCAACCUAAAGGACUUGCCUGCAUUAUCCCCUGGGAGGGAAUGUCGGACUAUUAUCGCGACCGUUGUAGGCAUGGGGGUAUCCUUUCCAAUACCUUCAUUAGCUUUUGGUGGAAUAGACAGGUUGUCACAAACCAGUAUGGACGCCCUGGAAGAGCUGCUCGAAAUUGGGGUCAUGAUACGAUUGAAGGAGAUUUGUCUGAAGAGGAGCUACGUGCUAAUCGUCGCGAUCAAAAUGAAGAUAACGCGGCGCACCGCUUUCUAGAUGAAGAGUAUUACGCCUCGAAAGACUACGACAUGAAUGACAUUAAAGUUCCGGUUCUUUCGGUCGGAAACUGGGGAGGCAUCUUGCUACAUCUACGCGGAAAUGUAGAAGGGUAUCUCAACGCUGGUUCUCAGCACAAGUAUCUGAGACUCAUCACUGGACGCCACGAUCUACCGUUCUACUCAAAAGAAAACGUCGAAAUGCAAAAAAGCUUUCUAGAUGCAUUCCUCAAGGGACACGACACGGAAGGAUGGUCAACGGGUGCCGCCCCUAAGGUAGGCCUAGUCUUACGGAAAGGGAACGUCGGGUAUAAUAACCCGGAGGCUGAAAAACAGUAUCCCUAUCGCUACGAGGAAGAGUGGCCGAUCCCGAGGACUAAGUACACCAAGUAUUUCCUCACCGCGGAUAAGCAGCUGAGCGAAGCCACUGCUCUUUUGUCUUCAUCAUGUACUGAGAGCUCCAUCUCUUACCGAGCGCUGGGGAUCCUAAAAGACCCGCAGACUAUCCAGUUCAUGACAUCGCCUUUUGCCGAAGAGACCGAGUUUACAGGCCACGUCGUAGUCCACUUGAACGUGUCGGCGUCAAGUCUACCAGAGAAAAACGCGAAUCCGUCGGAAAUCGACCUCUUCGUCACUUUGAGACACUUGGACGCACGGGGGGAGGAAAUCUUCUACACAGGCACAGCAGGCGACCCAGUGCCCGUGACCAAGGGAUGGCUGCGGGUAAGUCUCAGAGAAGUGGCAGACAGUCAUCCUCGGCACCGGACUUGGCACCCCCAUCGGGAAUAUCGCUCGACGGAUGUGCUGCCCGUGGAGAGCGGAGUAGUGUACGCGGUGGACGUUGAGGUAUGGCCGACUAAUGUGGUUGUUAGUAAGGGCCACCGGUUGGUGCUGGAAAUCUCGUCGGGAGAUACGCAGGGGGCGGGGUUGUUCGAGCAUAAUUCUGAGGAAGAUCGGCCGCGGGAUCGAUUGGAGGCACUCAACUCUAUCCAUUUUGGUCCCGAGUACGACAAUUGGAUCCUGCUGCCCCUCAUCCCCGCAUUAUGA